AAAAAAGUGUUCUCUUCUCUUGUCAGAUAAUAGAAAGAUUCGUUGCUGCCACUGGCUUCUUCUUCUUCUAAACUAAGCCUAAUAAGCUAUUUAAGCAUAUUCAAGUGUUUGCGGUGUGAAAAUUGACAAUAAAGAAUGCAUACAGUAUCUCAAACCUUCAUCUUAAAUCUAACUCCUCAGAUGAUCAGAUAUAGGCAGAGAGUAGAAGAUUUUGUUUCGUGUAGCUCGAAUUGUAGACAUUUCUGUCUUUCAUUGAAGCAUAGACACGGCGGCGCAAUGAGGAUUUUUAAUAGGGAACAAAGUAAAUGUCUUCGUACUGCUGCUGUAUUAUCAGGCGCUGAAACUUCUUCUACUCAUUUUGAGGAGUUCUCUGUCUCUACUGCUGACACCAAUGAUGUCGGAGAACUAAAGUUAAGCUUCGAGGUGUUUGGGAACAAAACACAGAGGACCUUUGAUUACGUGUUUCAGAAAAUGGUUGAAGCUGCACAACCAAUUCCAGGAUUUCGUAGAGUAAAAGGAGGAAAAACGCCAAAUAUACCGAAAGACAUUUUAUUAGAGGUUCUAGGACCUUCCAAUGUUUUUAAGCAAGUUAUCGAGGAAAUAAUCAACUCAACUGUAGCUGAGUAUGUAGAGAAGGAGAGUCUAAAAGUCAAGAGUAACUUGAGAGUUGAACAAAGCCUUGAAGAUCUUGAAACUACAUUUGAGGAGGGAGAAACGUUUAACUUUGAUGUUGUACUUCAGCUUCAAAAGUAGAAUUGACAUGCAUUUAUAUGUUAAAAUCUUAUCGGAUGGAGUGACAUUGCCUCUUCGUCCCAAACUAAGGAAUCACUUAAAUAUGAUUCAAAAUGGAGUUUGUAUGAGAUGAAUAUUCAAUGUCAUUUAAAUGCAUAUUUGGUUGAAGUUUUCAAAGGUAGCUUUUGUCACAAUCACGGCGGCACAUCACAAUUAUGCAAACUUACUAUAAAUUAAAACCUACAUAUUUGGUGUAAUGUCGGCAA